CUGGUCGGAGCCGGUCUCUAUGAGCCUUUCAAGGAGGUUGAGGUCGUCGAGGUCGCAUUCCCCCCGGAUAAGCUCCGGAGCGCAUCCCUCUGAGCCACCCCAUGGUGGUGCGGGUGUAGCGCACUCAGGAUGGCCGCCUUCGUGCGAGUGUCGGGGCCGCCGAAUGGCAAUUUUCUGAUCGGGUAUCCAGGUAUCUCUGCAACGAUGCCUCGUAUCGAAGGCAAGGUUGAGAUCAGGCCCAGUGUCGGCAUUACAGCCCCCGUUAACGUAUCCCUCGUCACCAUCUCUCUCCAGCGCCGUGAGACAAUACACCCUUCGGCGGAUUCGGUUACCAAAAAACACCUUGCCCCUCCCCGGAAAGAGAUUACGGAUAUCGUGGGCAAGGAGAUGCUGCUCUUUCGCUGCCCGGCCGGUCGAGAAUACGAGGAAGUUAUUUCAAUGGACCUCCCGUUCGUCCUUUUCAUUCCCUUCGGGCGCGGUGGGCCAGAUGCGUCCCGACGAGUCCCUCCGGCGAGUCUACAGCUUCCGAGUCGGACGGCGGAGACAUACUACGAAAUCGUGGUGAUGGUUCAACAGGGACAUUCAGAGCAGAGAAAAUACACAUUUCCCGUGCCAAUUGCACGCUACGAUACACUGUCCACAUUCGGGAUGUAUAAUCGCCCCGAAUUAGCGGAACGGGUAUCAGAUCACUUGGUCACGUUGGGCAUCUCAUUACCGCGAUGGUCUUACGGCCCACUUGACCCAGUGAGUGUUUACGUCAAAUUAUCCCCCAACCCGGACUGGAUGAGCAAAGCCAGAAAGGUUACAAUAAGCAAAAUCACUAUUGGCAUCGACGAAGAAAUCAUAUAUAACCACGAGGGCGAUGAGCCGCAGAGAAAAGUGAAAACCUUAACCAAGAGGACCGAACAUAUUGGAGUGAGGCUUCCUCCGUCAGGUUUCCUAACAAACCUUGGGUUGGUAUUUCCAGCCAAGGAUAUGCGAGAUGCCGAGGGAAUACUUCCCAGAGGGAAAUCUGCCUUUCCGAUGUAUGCGGUAAGCGGGUUUACGACUACCGCAAGUCUCUAUAAGAUCGAGUACUACCUGACGGUAAAGGCCCACUUGGCAUCCGCAAGAGAUAUUGUCAUUCGACAACCAAUAGUUGUAUGUCCUCUUGAUCACGCGGGUUGUAAAGAGGAAAUGGAGGCCAUUGAGCAGGCCGCUCGCGACGCUGUCCAUGUGAACCCGGAUAAUCCCAUGUUACCCCUGCCUGCAAUAGUGCGACCCAAUGAUCCCAACGCGCUCCGUCAUCUUGGAGUAGCCAUUGUCGGAAACCAGAAGAAGCCUUUGAUAGAUUGAGCAAGCGCAUGGCCCAACUUUUUGGAUAUCUUCAUUGGGAUAGAGUCCGACGCCUUGCUCAAUCGU